GCUCUGUGACAGUCCCACAGGCACUGGGACCUUCCAGCUAGGAUGCAGUUCUUCUGUGUGGGCAGCUGGACAUGCUUGCUCUCCCUCCUUCUUCCCUGGCCAGGUGCAGGGCAGUUCCUUGUGAUUGGACCAAGCUCACCCAUCAUUGUCAUGGUGGGAGAAGAGGCCAUGUUUUCCUGUCACCUCAGCCCUUCCAUGGAUGCUCAGAACAUGGAGGUGACAUGGCGCCAUACAAACAAAUCAGGCCUGGUACAUAACUAUAGGAAUUCCCAGGACAAGGACCAGCAGCACCCAGAGAACCAAGGGAGGGCAGAGAUCCUGAGGGAGAACAUCACCAGGGGUCAAGUGGCCCUGAGGAUCCGCAACAUCCAUCCUGCAGAUGAAGGCGACUACAGAUGUUUCUUUUUAAGCUCCACCUACCACAAUGAAGCACAUUUCAAAGUGUUGGUCACAGGCACGGGCAUGGCUCCUCGUGUUCACGUGGAACCUGACACAGCCUGGGGCAUCAGGCUGACCUGCACAUCCACGGGGUGGUACCCAGAGCCCCAGGUGCAGUGGAAGGGCAGGCAGGGACUGCACUUCACACAAGACUAUGAGACAGUGAGAAUGGAAGAGCCUGGCACGUUUCAGGUGCAGGCAUCCAUCACAGUGGACGAGAGGUCAACAGGAAACUUGUCCUGUGUUGUAAGGAACCCACUCCUCGGCGAGCAGAAGGAAGCACAUGUGUCUCUGGCAGGUGCCUUGUUUCCCAAGGACUGGUCCUGGACGAUGGGGCUGUGUGUGUUCCUGGUCCUCCUGGAAGUCAGCCUGGUGGUCACCUGUGCUCUGCUGAUGCGGGCCAGAAGAGCCAAAAGUUUGCUCAAGGAGCAGCACGAGUUGUUGAAAAAACAAAGAGAGAAAACAGAAGACGAGAAUGCUGAAUUAGAAGAAGAAUGUGGUAGAGUCAAAAAAGAACUCGCACAUAGAAAACGCCUUGCGGAAGCUGAACUAAAGAAGAUUCAAAGAUUUGCAGCAGACAUAACACUGGAUGCAGCCACCGCUCACCCUUACCUGGCCGUGACAGAUGAUGGGAAAUGUGUGACAUAUGUGCCCGAGAGGCAGGACGUUCCCGACAACCCUGAGCGAUUUGACACACUGGUGGGCGUGCUGGGUCGGAACCGCUUCUCUGGCGGAGAUCACUACUGGGAGGUGGGAGUGGCAGGCAAAAGCAUGUGGGCUGUCGGGCUGUGCUUGGAGUCCGUCAGGCGGAAGGGCCAGUAUACCAAGGCCUGUCCUGAAACCGGCUUCUGGAUUCUUCGCCUGCAGAACGGCGAGUGCUCAGCUUUUGCCACACCCCGCACAGUGGUUACCCGAGAACCCCUCUCACGGCUGGGGGUUUUUCUGGAGUAUGAAAAAGGGUUGAUCUCUUUCUACAAUGUCACCGAGUUUGUCAUUCUCUUCACCUUCAAGAGCAACUUCAAAAGCGAGCCACUGAGGCCUUAUUUCUACCCUGGGACUGUCAGUGCCGAAAAGACGAAUGGCCUUAGCAUCCUGAAGGUGUGAGCAGUUACCUGCAGGUCCCCACAGCACAACUGCACCAGGCCACAGCGGCCAGCCACAGGGACCACGGUGGUGCACAGGCAUGCCCCUCCUGGACUCUGAAGAGCAGGGUGCUGGCGGUGUCCUGCAUGCUCACUCUCAGCUUUGUGGGAGACUAGGGGCAAUCUUCAUUGAUCCUCUUGGUCCCCAGGCCCUCCUGAGCCCCUUUCCUGUGAUUUCUUUGGGCUUUAAUAAAUAACAAGUUCUCCA